AUUACUGGACCUAAACAAAACUUAGAAAAAGUCGUCCAAGAAAUCAAGACGCUGAUGGAGGAUUUUGAUAAUAAACAAUUACGAGCUCUUGAAAUUCAGGUAUUUUGAUAUUCGGUUUAUAAACAAUGUAUUUAAUCAAAGAGAAUAUGGAAAUUUAUUUUGUUUUUCCUGUAAUUUGUUUCGUGUCAUAAUAUUGUUUUUAAUUUGUUUUAUAUAUACGCAGACUGCUAACGUCCACAAGAAGUUUGCUCGUAAAGAAAAUCCCGUAGUUAAGAAAACAAUCGGUGAGGUUCAAUGCAUGCAAGAACACACUAGUGACACUUCUGGUGGAACUAUUAUUCCAA